AUGGGGCUCGCGCCACAGCUGCACCACUGUGAAUUUGACCCGGACCUGAGGAUGUUCAUGGUGGUUAUGGACCAUGUCAAAGGAUCUCAUUGGCAUCGUGACAAUGUUUCUGCAAGUCUCGGGAAUCAACUGCGGCAGGCGGUGGAGGCCCUGCAUCAGGCGGGUCUUGUGUAUGGCGAUCUGCGUGAGCCGAAUGUCAUGGUCGAUGAAUCCGGUCGAGUUCAAUUUGUCGAUUUCGACUGGUGUGGGCUGGAGGGUGAAGCAACGUAUCCCCUGGACAUCAGCAUGGGCGCGAUCGACUGGGCGGCUGAUGUCGGCCCGGGGUCGUUGAUCACGGCGGCGGCAUGA